AUGGGCGGAGGUGGACUGCGUAUCCUACCACAUAAAAAGUGGCAUGUGUGGCGACGUGAGAAUAUUGAACGAGUGUUAAAAGAUGAGCGUGAGAAUGAAGAGAAACAGAAGGAUCUAGAGGUGAAAAAACGGAGACUGGAGCAAGAACAACGCGCUCAGCAGCUGCUAUUGACGGAAGGACAUGAGGAUCACCAACCAGAGCGACAACAUAUUAACUUUUUCAAGGUGGAAGAGGCUCAAAUGAGUCGGAAAAAAGGUGGUAAACAUGGAAAAAAGACAGAGAAUAUAUCAGAUGAGACACUGAGAAGAUAUGGCAAGUUGCCAUGGUACGCUCGGCCUGAAGAUGCACAGAAGAAAGAACUUACAGUGAAGCAGGAACGCAAGCGCAAGAGAGAGUUGGAAGUGGCAGAUCCAUUACAACAGAUGCGUCCAAAGGAGAAACGAGGACAGCGUCCGUUGGUUGCGGCUCGUUUAGAAGACCAGCGCCAAAGUAGAUAUGGUGAGAAUGAGGACGGACCGGCUGGUUGUGAUCGCAGAAAGUAUGAUGCCCAGUACGACUGCUCGACGAUGUCACCUGGACAUAGAGAUCGGCGUCACUUUAUUGAAGAGGAUGAAGAGUUUGAUAAAGUAUUGAACAAGUGGACUAGACACGGUAAAAAGAAGAGCAAGAGCAAACAUAAGCUUGGCAAAGGUGCACUGCUACAGACACUACGUCGUGAGCGGCAAGAAAGAGAAACGUACGAGCGACAACGAGCUGAAAGGAUCAUGCAUGGAGGAUAA